AUGACCAGCGAGUUGAAGGAUCUACUGAAGCAGGAGCGGCAGCUUCGCAACACCGUCGAUGGAGUGCGGAAGUUCAUUGCCAAAUAUAAGCCGGAAAAACAUCUUGACCAAGUGGAAGCCCGACUAGACAUGCUGGAAAUUGCUAUGAAGCGGUUUUACGUAGUUCGCCGGAGAAUCGAUGUUCUUUUGGAAGAAGCCGAUGAAAAACAAGUGUCCGAAUCAAAGGAAGAUCCAGACGAGAAGGCCAAGACUCUAGCAGAUCUUAUUGAGAAGCGGCAGACCGAGAGCUUCGAAUUGGUUGAAAUGGUUGAGGAUACCUACUGCGAGCUGAAAGCCAAACUGUGCAAACUGUCAGCUACUGCAGAUCCUCCUGCAGCGACCGGUCAGCAGGCAGCUCCCACUGCUUCCAGUGCGAUUUCCAGAGUGAAGCUUCCCGAAAUCCGUUUACCUAGCUUUGGAGGUCGCAUCCGUGAAUGGGUCACAUACCGUGACAUGUUUAGGAGUCUGAUCCAUCGGAAUGACCAGUUGACAGAAAUGGAUAAGUUCUCCUAUCUACGUUCGUCCCUAACCGGUGAAGCGUUGCAAGGAAUUUCGUCGAUUGAGAUGACUGCUGCCAACUACCCUAUAGCGUGGGACAGCCUCCAAGAGCGAUAUGAGAACAAAAAGCUCAUCGUCAAGGCACAUCUUGAUGCUUUGUUCAGCGUGGAAUCAAUGAAACGUGAAAGUUAUGAAGCGUUAAGCCACGUUAUCAACGAAUUCGACAGAAACCUACAGCAGUUGACGAAAAUCGGCGAAGACACGACCGGGUGGAGCACAAUAUUGGCUUACAUGGUGUGCUCCAGGCUUGACACCACCACGCUUCGUCAAUGGGAGUCGCAUCACUCUUCUACAGACGUCCCUGGCUACGAAGAUUUGAUGGAAUUUUUGCGAAAGCAGGCCUCCGUUCUGCAGUCUUUGUCGUCGUCGAAGCCGAGCCAGCAGAUCGAGUCUAAGAAGCCUAGAUAUACGGUUAGUCACGCCACAUCGCAAUCUCCGAGAAAUUGUCCGUUUUGUGGGGAGAGUCAGCAUUCAGCUUUCAGAUGCCAGAAGUUCCUGAAGAUGAAGGUCCAAGAGCGUUACGAGAAGGUGAAACGGAGCGGAUUGUGCUUGAACUGUUUUUCGUCGUCUCACAUGGUUCGAUACUGUACGAGCGGAACUUGCCGGAAUUGUCACCAACGGCACCACACCCUAUUGCACAUCGGAUCAACCAACAGCGGAGCAGCGUCCCUGCCGGCAGCGACUGGUUCCUCCGUCCCACUUGUACAGAACCGACCACAAAAAGCGAAUAAUCAGAACACACAAGCUCAGAAUCAGACCACACCCACUCAAAACCCUGGAUUACUCACGAACUCACACCCAAUAGCCAGUACAAGUUCGCAUCAACCACAUUCACACCCAUCACACGCCACAGAUCGCACACUAGUUACGCAAACAAACUCACUACCCUCCAGCGCACCCUCGCCCACUCGGCAAGUGUUGCUGUCUACCGCUAUGGUGAUAGUAACCGAUCGAAAUGGCAACUCGAAAAUUGCUAGAGCUCUUUUGGACUCCUGUUCAGAGUACUGUUUCGCCACUUCAAAGUUCUGCCAAGGUCUGAGGUUGGCCGGAGCGGACAGCCAUCUCGCAGUUUCUGGAAUUGGUGGCUCCGUUGUACGGUCGUCGAAGAUGGUCGAAGCAGAUAUAUCUCCACGGUUCCCCAGCAUAUCGUCGUAUAUCGAAACCGUUCAGCUUCACGUUCUUCCCAAACUCACUGCUACAUUACCAGUUGAUCGAGUUGAUGCUGGAUCGUUAUUAGUUCCUGAAGACAUUGUUUUGGCGGAUCCUGGAUUUCACGAGCCCGGGCCAGUAGAUUUGAUCAUUGGCGCCGAGUUUUAUUUCGAUCUGCUGAAGGAAGGCCGCAAGAAAAUGUCGGAUGAUGGACCCACCUUUCAAGAAACCGUCUUUGGAUGGGUAGUCUCUGGUCGUGUUCCUGGCAAAGCGGAGGAGGUUUCGAGAGCAGUGGCUUACUUGUGUUCAACGGUGGAUCUUCGAGAAUUGUUAACCAAGUUCUGGGAAUUGGAGUCCUGCUACCACAAGAGCACACUGUCCGUCGAAGAAUCAACGUGUGAGGAGAUUUUUCAGCGAACUACAGUGCGAGAUGAAGAUGGAAGGUUUGUCGUGACGCUUCCCAAGAAGCAAUAUGUCAUCGAUCAGCUAGGAGACUCCAAAACAACUGCACUUAGGCGCUUCUACGGACUGGAACGUCGUUUCGAGAUGAACAACACGCUGAAGGCUUUGUAUUGCGAUUUCAUUCAAGAAUACUUGGCCAUGGGUCACAUGCGCGAAGUCUCUGCUGAAAUUUGCGAACGUCCAUCGUACUACUUGCCACAUCACGCCGUCUUGAAGCCGGAAAGUACGACAACGAAGCUGCGCGUCGUGUUUGACGCUUCAUGCCGCACCUCUACUGGAGUGUCACUGAACGAUGGAUUAAUGGUCGGACCCGUCGUCCAGGACGAUUUGUUGUCGAUUAUCCUACGGUUCCGGUUCCACAGAUUCGUUGUUGUUGCGGACAUUGCCAAAAUGUAUCGCAUGGUCAACGUGUGUCAAGCCGAUCAGCCUCUUCAGCGCAUUCUUUGGCGAAGCUCGACCAGCGACCCUGUGAAGGCCUACCAGCUUACUACCGUUACGUAUGGUACUAGCUCUGCUCCGUACCUUGCAACAAAGUGCCUUCAACAGUAG